UAAAAUAAUACAUUUAUGAUUUAUCUACCUUGACAAGCUGCUACCGGAUUCUGGAUAUCGUCUUUCGCGCCAUACAUUGCAGAGCGGUGAAAUGGGGAUGAUGGUGCUCAUCGUGGGGGCGAUGAAGCUCGCUGGAAUCGUGGUGACGCUAUCCGUGGCGGCGAAUGUGUUCUCCUUCUCACGUUACCGGAGGAAGUUCCUCAGGCCGUUCCGAUCUCCCAUCGACGAGUCCGCCGAUGUCCUUGCUGCCUUCAAUGUCAAUUCUACCUCCGAGGAAAAUGGAUUCUUCUUUGGACUUGCAACGGCACCAGCUCAUGUUGAGGAUAAGCUUGAUGAUGCUUGGCUUCAGUUUGCAGAGGAGCAGCCCUGUGGAGAAUCUAAUCAAAGUCAGAAGGCGCAAUCUACUGAUGCUGUGUUUGCUUCUGCGGCUGCUGAUGGUGGCUCUCAACAAGCCUCCUCAGAUGGUCACAGUUCUAAAGAAUCUAUCAAGGGGAAGAUAAAAAGGCCUCUUAAGAUUGCCAUGGAGGCUAUGAUUAGAGGAUUUGAGAAGUUUUCAGAUGAGGCAGAGCCUGAUUCAAAAACAGACUGUACCCAUAAUGUUGCUGCUUGGCAUAAUGUGCCUCAUCCGCAGAAGAGACUCAGAUUUUGGUCUGAUCCUGACACAGAGUUAAAGCUGGCCAAGGAUACUGGCAUUACUGUUUUUCGGUUGGGAAUUGAUUGGUCAAGAAUUAUGCCAAAGGAACCUGAACAUGUGUUGAAUGAGAGUGUUAACUUUGCAGCCCUGGAGCGGUACAGAUGGAUCAUUGAAAGAGUACGUUCAUAUGGAAUGAAGGUGAUGCUUACUUUAUUUCAUCACUCUCUUCCUCCUUGCUGGAGUAUAUGGAGGAUGGAAAGAGGAGAAAACCAUUCAUUAUUUCAUGGAUUUCACAAGGUUAAUCUACUGUCUAACUCUUUUAUUACAUCUUGAUGCGCACAAUGCAUA